GUCAAGGAUAAUUAGCUACGAAUAAAAGAUGUGAAAAACAUCAAACCGUUUUUGGCGCUCCCGCCAGGUUUUUCGUGAUACCUGAAUUUCGUGCCAUCCCAUAAUUAUAUUUCUGCAAUCCAUGUGCUUCAGUUUGCUGUCUUCUUUCAAAGACAUCGCAUUUCACUCUCUGAUCCUCCACACAGACCACGCAACUAAUUGCUUCACACUCACAUAUAACAGAAUCUCAACACCAUUUGGAGGCUCAUUUUUGCCAUCAGAAUCCUGUUAUUUCCACUCAGAAAAACAAAAAAACAAACAAACCCAGUUACCAUCUUCUCCGUUCAUGAACAUCAGACAUUGUGUUAGGCCAAAUCACAUUAUGAAAUACAUUCUUGUGACAGGCGGUGUGAUUAGUGGUCUUGGUAAAGGCGUCAUUGCCAGCAGUAUUGGAACCCUGUUGAAGGCAUGCAAUAUAAAAGUGACAUCGAUUAAGAUUGACCCUUACAUUAACAUCGAUGCCGGAACUUUCUCUCCUUAUGAACACGGUGAAGUGUUUGUCUUGGACGAUGGCGGUGAGGUUGAUCUUGACUUGGGCAACUAUGAACGAUUCCUUAACAUUACCCUUCACAGAGACAACAACAUAACAACUGGAAAGAUAUACCAACAAGUUAUAAACAGAGAACGAACUGGAGAUUAUUUAGGAAAAACUGUGCAAGUUGUCCCCCACAUAACAGAUGCCAUCCAAGAAUGGGUUGAAAGAGUUGCCAAAAUUCCUGUCAGUGAAGACAAAGCAGAACCUGAUGUUUGUAUUAUUGAGCUUGGUGGAACAAUUGGAGACAUUGAAGGCAUGCCAUUUGUUGAAGCUUUCCGCCAAUUCCAGUUCCGGGUGAAGAGAGAGAACUUCUGCAGCGUGCAUGUCAGUUUGAUUCCACAGCCUCAUGCCACAGGAGAACAAAAAACCAAGCCAACACAGGCCAGUGUCAGAGAACUUCGUGGACUGGGACUGUCCCCAGAUUUGAUUGUUUGCCGAAGUGAAAGGAAGAUCCCUGCUUCCGUCCGUGAAAAAAUUUCCUUAUUUUGCCAUGUUCUACCAGACCAGGUGAGUCUUGUCCUUGAAAAUCUAUCUUUAUAUGACCGUUUAUUAAAGGACGUCACCAUAGCUUUGGUUGGUAAAUACACACAACUAGAAGAUGCUUAUGCUUCUGUCAUAAAAGCCUUGAAACAUUCUUCCCUUGCUGUAAACCAUCGUCUCAAUUUAAGGUACAUAGAAGCAGAUGAUCUGGAACUGGAGACCCAGAAGGAGAAUCCAAGUAAAUAUCAUGAGGCUUGGCACCAACUGGUUGGAUCCAAUGGAAUUCUAGUCCCUGGAGGCUUUGGCAUCCGCGGAACAAAUGGCAAAAUCCAGGCCGCUAAAUGGGCUCGAAUGAACAAAAUUCCAUAUUUGGGUAUUUGUCUUGGCCUACAAUGUUCUGUUGUUGAAUUUGCUCGCAACGUUCUUGGAAUGGAAGAUGCCAGUUCUACUGAAUUUAAUCCUGACACAACAUCUCCUGUGGUUAUUGAAAUGCCGGAGCACAAUCCUGGUAAAUUGGGAGGAACAAUGCGACUGGGAAAAAGGAAAACGAUCUUCAGAAGCAAUAAAUCAAUCACAAGUAAGUUGACUUUUCGCACAGUCUCCAUUCCACUAAUGUUUUCACAAUUUCUUCGUCUUUUCCAGGUUAACCCAGCUUACGUUGAAGAAUUUGAGAAACAUGGAAUGAUGUUUUGGGGUCGGAGUGAAGAUGGAGAGAGAAUGGAAGUAAUGGAACUGGAAGAUCAUCCAUACUAUGUGGCUGUGCAGUACCAUCCAGAGUACAUCUCACGUCCUUUGAAACCAUCACCUCCCUAUCUCGGUCUGUUGCUAGCGGCGACGGGCAAACUGAAGAACUUCUGUAAACACGCCUACCAAUUCUCUUCGCAGAUGUCUUACACUGACGAAUUCGAAGACGAACUGUGUGAGUCUGUGAGAGGGAAGAUUAACAUGAAACUGAACGGAAUUAUCAGAGAGAAUGGAAUUAUCAAAGAAAACGGUAUCAUCAAAGAGAAUGGAAUUCUCACAGAGAACGGAAUUAUUAAAGAGAAUGGAAUUUUAACAAAUGGUGCUAUGAAUGGUUGGACUGACAGUGAAUAAUAAUAAUAAUAAUUAAUAAUUCUGUUUUUAUAUAAACCUGUAUAUAUGUAUAUUCUUCCGUUUGAAAAUUAUUUUUAUCCCAAGUUGAGAAGCUGGCAGUAUCCUUAGCUUGUCAGGUAAAUGCCUUGUGGUAUUAUUUUUGGCUCUUUACCUUGCGAGUUGAAAUUCUGUUGGGGUCAGCUUCACCUUUCAUCCUUGAGGGGAUUGACAAAGCUAGUACCAGUUAGGCACUGUAAUGGACUGCCCCUCCUUCCCAACCCCCUUCCCAUCAAAAUUCCAGGUCCUCUGUCUAUGAUGGAAAGAAUUUCUAUUAUUAUUAUUAUUAUUAUUGGCAGUGGUGGAGAGUGGGGUAGAGGUGCUUCUCAGGGAAGGAGGAGGAAAGAAAAGGGUAAGAGAAAGGGAGUGGUAAAUGUUUUUUUUUUUGUAAGUGCUGGUAAUGUGCUUGGAUGGCCCCAAUCAACAGCCCCCACCCCUUCCUCUCUCUCCUCCCUUCCAACCCCCUCUUAACAAUUUAGCCUGCUUUUGCUAAAUGAAUGAAUAAAUUAAUCACAGUUGUUAUUAACCCAUC